GUCACUUUGCCCACCCAGCUCCAGGGCAAGGUCGUUGGCGCCACGAUCUUCUGGGUGGAUGGGAGAAGCGCCCCUCCCCUCCGAUCUGGGCCCGCCCCCAAUGCAGAGCCCGUCCCUCCCUCCGGGUACAGCUAAUAACCUCUAAUUAGAGCACAUUACCCAGCCCGCCUACGGGGGAGGGGUUGCUAAGGGACCCUGGAGUCAUAGUGCACGAGCCUGGGCUUCACCCUUCCCCUCAAAACCGGGAACCUCUGUUUUCUUGCCGGCAAAGCAGGGAAUUAAAACAGCACUUGCCAUCUAGAUACAAGGGGAUGAUCCAAUUAGUCUACGUAUUCAAAUCUAUUGGCGCAGGGACUGCAUACAGCAAGCACUCCAUGCAUGGUGACUGCAAUUUGAUUGUUAACUAUAAUUGGUAUCACUUUCCAUUGAGCCCCCUCUACCCCUCCACCGCCCCUGCGAGGGUCUCACCGCGGGCGCAAAAUCUUCACCCUAGGCCACGUUCUGCAGUCUCCGCGCCCCCUGGUGGGCGCAGGCGAAGCGGCAGCUUCAGCGAAAUCUUACAGACGUUCCACGUUCCAUCUCCCUCUGCCAGCCCACAGGACCUGAGCAGCGGACUUGCCAUAGCCUAUGCACUGAACCAGAUAGACCCAUCCUGGUUCAACGAGGCGUGGCUCCAGGGCAUCUCAGAAGAUCCAGGUCCCAACUGGAAGCUGAAGGUCAGCAAUCUGAAGACGGUCUUACGGAGCCUGGUAGAGUACUCCCAGGAUGUCCUGGCACAUCCUGUGUCAGAAGAGCACCUCCCGGAUGUGGGCCUCAUUGGCGAGUUCUCAGACCCAGCAGAGCUCGGCAAACUGCUUCAGCUGGUGCUGGGCUGUGCCAUCAGUUGUGAGAAAAAGCAGGAGCAUAUCCAGAGAAUCAUGACGCUGGAAGAAUCGGUUCAGCAUGUGGUGAUGGAAGCCAUCCAGGAGCUCAUGACCAAAGAUAAUCCUGACUCCCUGUCACCAGAGACAUAUGGCAACUUUGAUACCCAGUCCCGCAGGUACUAUUUCCUAAGUGAGGAGGCUGAGGAGGGGGAUGAGCUACAGCAACGUUGUCUGGACCUGGAGCGGCAGCUGAUGCUCCUGUCAGAGGAAAAGCAGAGCCUGGCGCAAGAGAAUGCAGCGCUGCGGGAGCGGGUGGUCCAGCCUGAAGGCGAGGGUACCCCAGGUCUCACUGCCAAGAAGCUGCUGCUGCUGCAGUCACAACUGGAGCAGUUGCAGGAGGAGAACUUCAGGCUGGAGAGUGGCAGGGAGGAUGAGCGCCUGCGCUGUGCUGAGCUGGAGCGGGAGGUUGCCGAGCUGCAGCACCGGAAUCAGGCGCUGACCAGCUUGGCCCAGGAGGCACAGGCCCUGAAGGAUGAGAUGGAUGAGCUGCGGCAGUCCUCGGAGCGUGCUGGGCAGCUGGAGGCCACGCUGACCAGUUGCCGGCGCCGCCUGGGCGAGCUGAGGGAGCUACGGCGGCAGGUGCGGCAGCUGGAGGAACGCAACGCCGGUCACGCCGAGCGCACGCGGCAGCUGGAGGAGGAGCUGCGUCGUGCCGGCUCCCUACGCGUCCAGCUGGAGGCGCAGCGGCGGCAGGUGCAGGAACUGCAGGGCCAGCGACAGGAGGAAGCCAUGAAGGCUGAGAAAUGGCUAUUUGAAUGCCGAAACCUGGAGGAAAAGUAUGAGUCUGUGACAAAGGAGAAGGAGCGGCUGUUGGCGGAGAGGGACUCCUUACGGGAGGCCAAUGAAGAGCUGCGCUGUGCCCAGUUGCAGCCGCGGGGGCUGACCCAGGCGGACCUCUCAAUGGAUCCCACCUCCCCAGCCGUGGAUAACUUAGCCGCGGAGAUCCUGCCUGCAGAGCUCAGGGAGACGCUCCUGCGGCUUCAGCUGGAGAACAAGCGGCUGUGCCGGCAGGAGGCGGCCGACCGGGAGCGGCAGGAGGAGCUGCAGCGCCACCUGGAGGAGGCCAACCGCGCACGCCACGGGUUGGAGACGCAGCACCGGCUGAACCAGCAGCAGCUAUCCGAGCUGCGGGCCCAGGUGGAGGACUUGCAGAAAUCCCUGCAGGAGCAGGGGGGCAAGACUGAAGACUCCAUCUUGCUGAAAAGGAAGCUGGAGGAGCAUCUGCAGAAGCUUCAUGAGGCAGAUCUGGAGCUGCAGAGGAAGCGGGAGUACAUCGAGGAGCUGGAGCCGCCCACUGACAGCAGCACCCGGCGGAUCGAGGAGCUGCAGCAUAGCCUGCAGAAGAAGGACGCGGACUUGCGGGCCAUGGAGGAGCGAUACCGUCGCUACGUGGACAAGGCCCACAUGGUUAUGCAGACCCUGGAACCCAAGCAGCGGCCAGCUGUGGGGGCACCCCCAGACCUCCACACCCUGAGGACAAAGCUCCGAGAACGGGAUGUCCGCAUCCGGCACCUGGAGAUGGACUUUGAGAAAAGCCGAAGUCAGCGGGAGCAGGAAGAAAAGCUGCUCAUCAGUGCCUGGUAUAAUAUGGGCAUGGCCUUGCAGCAGCGAGCCGGGGAAGAGCGGGCGCCUGCCCAUGCCCAGUCGUUCCUAGCACAGCAGCGGCUGGCAACCAAUGCUCGCCGUGGACCCCUGGGACGCCUGGCAUCUCUCAGCCUUCGCCCCACCGACAAGCACUGACAGACCUGAUGAUCCAGCCAGCCGGGGCUCCAUCCAUCCUGGCUUCCUCCAACUCACUUGGCGCCCAGCAUCGGGCUUCAGCCAGCGGCUUGAGAGCCUUGAGGUCAUGACCUCCACCCUUCGCUCUCCCAGAUUGGUGGGGAGGGAGGGUGGGAGGUAGAUAUAGGACUGUUCAUUUUAGCAAUGUGAUUCUUAAUGUUGAUUCUCUCUCUGGAGUUCAUGUGCUGCCUAAGGAGAGUCUGAUUUUAUAUUUGAGAAAAAUAAAGACUUUCAAUCUUUG